UUAUAAAUGCUUUAUUUUUUUCUUGAAUCACAAGUGAUCAUUUCACAUCCAUGCCAAAAUUUCAGUUUUACCUGCUUCCCUUUUGUCACACUAUCAGGAGUGGCUCACAACCAUGAGUGCUAACCUUAGGGCAGACUGUUAAAAGCAGGGCAGACACUCCAAACUGGUGGUAUGUUUUAUAAUUAGAUUUCACCAACCCAGUAACAAAUGUGAGCUCCUAGAUCACUAACAGUCUUACCAUAGAGUCACAAACAGUCCCCUUGGGCUCUCCAGUCUAUCUUAAUACUCAGUGGUCACUUACACCAAAAAUCACAAAAUAUUCCAGUUGCUUCCAGUCCCAAGAGAUCAGUCACUUAUCUCAGUUCAAUUUGUGCCUUACAUCUCCCACCAAAGACAAUGCCUGUAACCACACCCUGCAAUAAACUAACUAAAGGUUUAUUAACUAGUAGAAAGAAAUCAGAGAAUUAUUUACAGGUUAAAGCAAACCAGCAUAUAUGCACAAAUGAAUUUGUUUGUGAUUUGAAAGCCGACAGAGAUGUAGUAAUCUGUCAGCAUGGAAUGUCUUUUUAGGACUUAAUCCGGGUCAACCCUGGGAAUCUCUCCUUUUUGUUUCUGAGCUCCAGCCUUUGUCAGAGUCCAAAUAGCAAAGUGAUGAAAAAUCUCCAUGUUAGCUAUUUUCCUUUUCCUCUUCCAGAAUUCACACAGAUGAGAUGAUGAUGCCUUCUACACAUACUUCUCCAUGGGUGGAUGGGGCAAUCAACAAAGUUUUUGUCCUACAAUGGCCCACUUAUUUUUUGAUAGCCCUCCUGGAUGGGUGGGGGAAGGCACUCUUCUCACGUGAAUUCAUAAACUCAGAGCAGGCAUUUUUACAAUUAUAAAACAAAUUUUUAUAUUUUAUUUGUAGCAUGCAAUACAGACAUUACAAGUAAGAUUAAUGGAUGCGACAACUUAAAAACAUUUCAUAGAGUCUAAACACUAAAUAUAUUCUUAUAAGACUAAUAUCUAUUUUGAACAAAACUAAUGUAUGGGUGAGCUAGUCUGGUUUCUAGCUAUGAGUUUGUCUGCACUUAGCUAACACCUAUGGCCUUGACCCGGCUGGCGCCUGUCUUCAGAAAGAAACAAUUUGAUAGUUUCUCCGCAUUUGGUAAAAGUAUCCUUUUGGAGUGGUCAUUUAAACUAUUCUAAUAAAAAGGCCCAAAUCCUCUUCACCUUACUUGUGCCUAUGAACAAGUUGAGCAAGAUUUGCCACUAAAGAUAUUCAUCUUUCUGUGGCUUCUCAGAUUUUCCAUCUGAAAGCAUAUGAGAUUAUUUAUUGAGAGUUAUAUUUACCCUUAAGAACAUAAGAAUCGGCAUUCCGGGUCAGACCAAUGAUCCACCUAGCCCAGUAUCAUGUCUUCACACAGUGGCCAAUGCCAGAUGCUGCAAAGGGAAUGAACGGAACAGGGCAGUUAUCAAGUGAUCCCUGUCCUACACUCCUAGCUUCUGGCAGUUGAAGGUUUAGAGACACUCAAAUGCAUGGAAGAUAGGUCCAUCAAUGGCUAUUGGCCAAGAUGGUAAGGGAUGCAAGCCCAUGCUCUAUCUAAUUCUUUUUUGAACCCUGUUAUACUUUUGGCUGUCACAACAUCCCCUGAUAAUGAGUUGUAUGAAGAAUUACUUCCUUUUGUUUGUUUUAAACCUGCUGCCUAUUAAUUUCAUUGGGUGAGCGCUGGUUCUUGUGUUAUGUGGAGGGGUAAAUGACACCUUCUCCCUACCAUUCAUGAUUUUAUAGACAUCUACCAUAUCCCCCUGUUAGUUGUCUCUUUUUCUAAGAUGAAUAGUUCCAGUCUUUUUAAUCUCUCCUUGUAUGGAAGCUGGUCUAUACCCCUAAUCGUUUUUGUUGCCCUUCUCUGUACUUUUUCCAAUUCUAAUGGAUCUUUUUUGAGAUGGGAUGAGCAGAAAUGCCUGCAGUAUUCACGGUGUUGAUGUACCAUGGAUUCAGAUAGUGGCAUUAUGAUAUUUUCUGUCUUAUUACCUAUCCUUUUUAAUGGUUCCUAAUAUUGCGUUAGCUUUUUGACUGCUGCUGCACAUUGAGCAGAUGUUUUCAGAGAACUAUCCACAAAGACUCCAAACUUUUUCUUGGGCUUGCAAGUAUAACUGGUCCCUCACUUUUAUGAGCACAAAAUUCAUUCUUCAUAUUUGACAGAGGUGUACGUCUUGCCACUAACAAAAAUACGUAUUCAUGUCAGAUAUCUCAAAAAAGAACAGAAAUUCAACAAGCUGCUUUUGAGCCUUUUGUGGCCAUAUGAAUGCAAAGGAGAAAUGAAAUGCAAAAUUUGGACUCUUGCAUUUAUUCAAAAUCCAAUUUGCAUCAAUAGGACAUUAUUAUGAGGGGGACACACAACCGAAUGAUAGAAAAUAGCAAGAACUGUCAUUUGUUUCAGACUUAACAGCAACCUCACUUUCCUCUUGAUCCAUACACCCUGUGCCCUCUUCGACUCUGUUCUCUCCGAUCCCAAAUUCCCAUCUCUUUUAACUCCUGUCACUUCUAUGUUGGCUUUCAUACUAUGGUAUCUAUGUCCAUCUUAAAAACUCUGAGUCAACAUAUUCUUUAAUAUAUUCAAAUUUCUCCCCUUUUGUACUAUAACCAUUGCUUAAAUCCUUGUCUGAAACCUGAUCCAUCUCUUGCCUUGAUUAUUACUUUUUACUGAGUGGUCUCACUGCUUCCAGAAUAAUUUCCCUAUUCCCUUGCUCCAACCAAGUUAACUCCUCCAUUAAUCUUUCCUUUGGCUUCCCAUAAAAUUCAAGCUCUUCAGCCUCAUUUACAAGGCCCUACAUAAUCUUGAUUCUACGUUUCUCAGCUUUCAUUUAUCUUUAAUUCUCUCUAGUUUUCCCUUACUCCUGUCUUUAUCAUCUCAUCCUUUCCCAUUCAACUGCAUGCCUUCUGUCAUGGUAUGCCUGGAACACUGUACUUGACUUCAUCUCCAAACAGGCUUUUCUUUCCUUCAAAUUUCUCUUCCAACUCUCUUAAAGCUAUAUCUCCUCAUAAAUAAUUCCACAUCCUCCCUCUCCUGUGCUGUGAUUCCAAGUCUUGUAUCUGCCUUAUUUACAUUUUAAGCAGAGAAUUAGUCUAAUCUUUGGAAAAUAUUGUGUAUGUAUCAGUGUUCUCUGCUUUCUUCCUCUAAGCCUAAACCAACUUGUCCAUAAUGGAUUAGCUUAAUAGCAAAUUCAGUUGCUCAUAACCGCUAUUGACAUAUAGAAAGGGAUUUGACUUUAUAUAGCAUCUUUCAUGCUAACAUCUCAAAACACUUUAAAAAAUAACAGGACAGACAUGGGCAGGUUAUGAGGUGCUUAUGGUCUGUGGGUUAAUUGACAUGCAGAGGACCCUCAGCUCCAUGUCUCUGUUUUUUCAUAUGGCAAUGGAGCUGUUUCCUUGCUCUUUUUCAAUAUCUGGCAAAGAUAGGGACAAGGAUAAAAGGCAGGUUUUUAGUUCAGGCUCAAUUUGUGAAUUGCUUAUAUUGACCUGGGGAAGUCAAUAACCACUUCCUUAGUUGAAGGCAUCUGCCCAGUCAUUUAUAAAAUAGUUCUCAAUCUCAGGUGAUUCUUGCAGACUUUUCUCUGCUUGUACAAACCCAAAUAGCAUCAAAAGCUAGAAACCCCAUCAUCUGUCUUAUGCUGGCAAAGAUAUUGCUUCCUUUCUUCCAAGGCAGAUCUAGCCACAGUCAUCUGUAUCUUUGUUAUUCAAAGCUGGACUGAGGGCAACUCAGACGCUUCAGCUUGUGAAAAAUACUCCUGCUGCUCACUUCAUGUACGGUCCUGCUAGUUUGUCCUACUCACAACUUCUGUGCUCAACUCUUCACUGCAUAGCAAUCCACACAGCGGACACUCAGGGUGCUGAUCUCUUUAUCCAAAGCCGUUGAGGGUCUACGUUUUCAUAAUUUCCCAUGUUGAACUGGAAUUUUUCAGCUAUCUGGCCCAAGUUCAUGGGAGCAGAGGUUAGGGUGUUUUCACUAUCAUGCCCAUUCAGUUGGAGUUGAAUAGAAAUAGACUGUUGGCCACAUUUAACACAUAAUAAACUUGUUCAUUUCAGCUUUCCCCUAAUUGCAGGCUCUGGAAUCUCCUGGCACUUUGUCUGAUGACAGGGUUUUCCCAGCUCAUUUUUCUAAGGUUAACUGCUCAAUGCUGGGUAGACGUAGGGAGUACAUGCUCCUCAGUUGAGAAAAUUACUGUUACUCUGAACCAUGCAAAGGGAACACAUACUGUAAUAUCAUGUAAAUGCUUGUAAUCAUAUUGGUCACGCAAUCACUGCAGGCAAAGGUAGGAGCUAUUGGAUAUUCCUGAAUCAGGCUAUCAAGCCUCAAGUUCAUAUUGUGUAAAUAACAUUGAAUAAAACCCCUUUCCACACCAAUUUUGACUGUUAAACUACCAGGUGUUAGUAAUAUUUCAAAAUUGUUGGACAAAAAGUGCUACAUAACUGCAAAGUGUGUUAUGAACAAGUAGAUCACAACCACACAAGCUAAGCAAGUGGAGAAAUGGGCACAGAGUAGCUGUGGUUUCAACAGUUCAUACACCUAGUUAAUAAGUAGCAAAGGGAGGAAUUAAACCCAGCAGUCCUGACUACCACUAUCCUGCUCUAAUCACAGAUUAUCUCCCCAUAAACAAGUGUGUUAACUACAUAAAUGCAUAACCUGAUUUCAGCGUUAACUACAUACAUGCAUAAGCUGUCAUUGAUUUAUGCUGUUGGCUUCUAAAAUAGGGUCUCGAUGUUUCAGUGGUUUUCAGACUGUAGUCACCUUUCUUCAACCCACUGCUAGGAGUAAUUACUGAACCCUAACAAUUAUACCAGUAAAUCCGUAUUGCCAAGUCCAGCUUUUCCAAAACCAUGAGUCAAGCACGCGCGCGCGCACACAAAAUAGUCCUGCCAGUAGCGCAAAAGUAACAAGAUUUUUUUUAAAUAGUAAAUUUUAGGCUCUUUCUUUGCCUUCUGAUUUCUGAGCACUUAGCUGCGCAAACUUCAUUUUCAAGCUUUUAUUCACACCCAAAAGGGCUAAAAGCUUACUUUAAAAAAAGAGAGAAAGACAAAAGAAAGAAACAAAGCUGAAGUCUCAUAAAAUCUCUUCUCUCCAGCAGCUGGAGAACUCUAACGCCCCCGUACCAGGCUGGAUAAUGCUUUCUUUUUCAGUAGUUGUAAGGCCACCAACUCAGUUUCCUCCUGGGGUUCCUUCAGUGGAGCCCCACCUGGUGACCUGAGCAAUCCUGAUGAGAGGUGAUGUUGAGGCGAGCGGGCAGCGGACCCAAGCCCACGACGAACAGCUGAGAAGCACUGUCCGGUCGCUACAAAAAGCAAACAGAUGCGAAGGCGAGCCAGGGAGGCGACUCAUACUGCAGCCUUCUCCUAGGGCUGCCCCCUCUCUACCCACCCCCCAAUUCUUUUCUUCUUCCUGGAUCCCAGGGGGGCCGGUCCACGCACUAUUUCCCUUCUCACACCCUCUUCCUCUUCCCACCGUUGCAGCUGCAAAUCCCCGAGCUCCGCUUCCCGACCCCGGGGCAGCGAAACUACGCCUCCCGUAGCCCUCCGCGGCCGGGGCGGAGAGCACGUGUUUCCUCUGCCUGCCUGCCGGGCCGCGCCGCCUCAUUUCCCCCGUGCGCGGGGGGCUGCGGGCUGGGGGCUGAGCCGGCUGCAGCCAUGCCGAUGAAGGGCCGGUUCCCCAUCCGCAGGACCCUGCAGUACCUGACCCAGGGGGAGAUCGUCUUCAAGGGCGCGGUGAAGGUGAUGACCGUGAACUACAACACCCGGGGGGAGCUGAGCGAGGGGGCCAGGAAAUUUGUGUUUUUCAACAUCCCUCAGAUUCAGUACAAAAACCCCUGGGUCCAGAUCAUGAUGUUUAAGAACAUGACCCCUUCGCCGUUUCUGAGGUUCUAUUUAGAUAGUGGUGAGCAAGUCUUGGUUGAUGUGGAAGAUAAAAGCAACAAAGAGAUAGUGGAGCACGUUAAAAAAAUCUUGGGUAAAAGCGAGGAAACGCUACAGAAAGAGGAGCAAGAGAAAAAGAAGCUGUCUCAUCCUGCAACCUUUGGACCUAAAAAAUAUCACCUGCGGGAAUGUAUGUGUGAAAUCGAAGGCCAGAUUCCUUGCCCUGGUCUAGUACCACUGCCUAAAGAGAUGACGGGCAAAUAUAAAGCUGCCAUGAAAGAAAAAGCCAUAUCCUGAUUUAACAGAGGGGGCAAUUCUGCUGCCAUUCAAGGUGCAGAUAGGAUACAAGGUGCUUCAGUAACUGAGGCAGACUUCACAGCCAAAAAACUGGUCCAUGUUAUUAGAUGAAAGUCCUUGAUUCACAAGAGGUCUCUUCAUAGAUAUGGUUGGACCCAUUCAUGUUGGUUACUCAGACAAGUGGAAGAAAAUAUUUUUAAAUAAAUCUUUUUAAAACUUUA